AUGUCCGCUUCCACGACAUCACAGGCAAAGCCUUCAGUGCCAAUCGCACUCUCCGCCGACUCAGUCGACGAUCUAAUCUAUGAUGCCAGAGCAGGCGACCUCGAGGCUCUAAAUGAGGACAUUGCCAACCUGGCCAGCCAACACAGCUGCAACGAGUCACAGAUUGUGGCAUCUGCUGUCGAUACGGCUGAUGAGAGUGAGGGCGGCUCGGGAUCCUGCAUUCUGCACUUCCCCGCUGCAAAUGGAAACUCGGAAAUCCUGAAAACUCUGCUCCAAAAGCUGUCAUCCGCAGACGCUGCCCAGCGUACUGCGCUUGUUAACCACCGCAACAACUCUGGCAACACGCCUCUGCACUGGGCUGCGCUUAAUGCGCACCUUGAGUGCGUCAAGGCUCUUGUCGAAGCUGGCGCAGACCUUGAUGUUAAGAACGAUGCUGGCCACGACGCUGUGUUCUUGGCUGAGCGGACGGCGUGGGCUGCCACUGAGGGCGACGAAGGCGCUGAAGAUGCUCAGGGCGAUGAUCGUCAGACCCAGGAGAUUGAGAUGACCAUUGGUGAGAACGAGGGCGAGGAGAAGUCUGGUGAGGGUGUUGGUGAGAUGUCUGCAGGCAGACAGGUUGUUGAGUGGCUCCUGGCUUCGGAUGUUGCCGCUAGUUUGGAGAAGGGAGCUACUGAAGGUGAAGCUAGUGGAUCUGCUUGA